ACAAGGCAGGGCCACGGUGCCUCACUUUCCUAGUGUACGGAUACCCAUGGCACGCCGCACCGAUGGGCAAGACCCCUGCCCGUUCUGGAUAUCAAUCUAGGGUCACUAUCGAGUACGUACCUCCCUGAUGCUCCUCUCUUCCUUCCCCCUGACAGUUGACCUGACCCUCCUCUUCCUUCCUCCACUCCACUCCUCUUUCCCCCGUGGCCCAUGGCGGCAUGGCCCAUGGCAGCUGCCUUACCUAAGGCAACUUCAACCCUUUGAGAUCGUGGCUUCCUUGCUCGAUUCCAACGACCACAAGAAAGCGGAACCGCAAGCGCAACCUGGAAAGACCCGCAUCCUCGACGGCAACCACCCCCCCGGUCCCCUUCAUUACUCGCUUACUGCACCCCCCUCCAAAGUCCCCUCCAACACUCUCGCAUCGACAAGUCACAACACCACUUCACCUCACAAGCCCAAAGCAACGACCAUCCAUCUCAACUUGGUUUACGCUACACUUCAUUACCUACACCAGACUACGCCAUGUCUAUGUGACCACGGAUACCAAUCUUGUCAGAUCGCAGAUCCCUCCGUGCCCCGGGAGCCGCCUGGUUUGGUCUGACCUCGCUCGGCGCCGCCUGCUGCCACUCCCGAGACGAAUACGCCGCUUUCAUUGCGACCUUCUGCUCCUUCGCCCUUUCCCUCUGUCUAACCCUAACUCUGCCUUUUUCGCCACCCU